UGGGUGAGACGUCUUCUCGCGUCCCCCCCCCUCCAUCCCCCAGGCUGGACAUGUGACAUGUGACAUGUGACACGUGACACGCGACAUGCGGCUGCGGUGCGGACCAGACGGCAUCGCGUCUCCCGCCUCGUGCCGCAGAGCACGCCGGGUAGUGUAGUCACGCGUGCGCACAGCGAUGUCGGCCCAGGACUAAACAAGACGGUGUCGCCUGGAGGCGCAGCGAGGCUCGUCUCCAUGGACAACACGUCCAUCAUUACUCAGCUGGCCAAGCCCAAAGACGAGGACAACAUCUGUCCCACUCCCGACAAAGUGUCCACCAGCAGCCUGAAGAAGCAUCGCAGUCGCAGCAUUUUCAGUCCGUUCUUCUGCUGCUUCCGCCACUACCAUGAUCACCACGUGGAGCCGCCGCCCGCUAACAACAAGACGCACGCUCUGCCGCCGCCCCCCGAGGAGAACGGUGGUCCUCCCAAGCCUCCAGCCGAGUUCCUCCUGCCCGAGGUCAGUAUCGAAGACUAUGGCAGAAGCUGUGUGGUCAUCGACCUGGACGAGACGCUCGUGCACAGCUCCUUUAAGCCCAUCAGCAAUGCCGACUUUGUGGUUCCGGUGGAGAUCGAUGGAAACGUUCAUCAGGUGUACGUGCUGAAGAGGCCGCACGUGGACCACUUCCUGCAGAAGAUGGGGGAGCUCUUUGAAUGUGUCCUCUUCACCGCCAGCCUCGCCAAGUACGCCGACCCCGUGGCGGACCUGCUGGACCAGUGGGGGGUGUUCCGCGCUCGUCUCUUCAGGGACUCCUGUGUGUUCCACAGAGGGAACUACGUCAAGGACCUGAGUCGCCUGGGCCGGCAGCUCAGCAAGGUCAUCAUCGUGGACAACUCGCCCGCCUCCUACAUCUUCCACCCGGAGAACGCCGUCCCGGUCCAGUCCUGGUUUGACGAGAUGGCCGACACGGAGCUGCUGGAGCUGCUCCCCGUCUUUGAGGACCUCAGCAAGGAGGAAGACGUUUACAGCUUCUUACAGAGCCUGAAGGACAGGUAGCAGGCCACACACACACACACACACACACACACACACACACACACACACACACACACACACACACACACUCUUGUAUUUCUGACCUUCUUGGGGCCGCCGAAAAAGGCCUACCUCAUGAGGACCCCCUUUCUAGAUUAAGCUUGUUUUGAAGAAUGAGUUGGAAUUUUACAAGAAAAGGUCACAAUUUCACAAGAAAAACUUAGAAUUUUAUCAGUAUUAUAAUAAAAGUCGUCAUUUUACUCAACGCAAGUCAAAAUGUUAUAAGGAAAACUGAACAUUUGUGCAAUAUUAUGAUAAAAGUUGCAAAUGAGAUCUCCAUUUUUGGUUUUUUGUAAUGAAAAUCCAGACUUUGGAGCAAUGUUCACGGACUCCAGUAUUUGGCUCCCUAUUAGAUGCAAUGUUUUUUUCCGUAUUGGGACCAUUAUUUAUGUCCUAACUUGUUCACACCUCCUCAUAUGGAAGCUACUUUUCCUCGUUCAUGUCUCAAGAAGGGUAGAAAUACAAGAACAAACACACACACACACACACACACACACACACACACACACACACACACACACAUACUUGUAUUUCUUACCUUCUUGAGACCUGACAAAAAUGCCUACCUCUUUAGGACCACCCUUUCUAGAUAUAUACAGAUUUGUAUUUACAACAUUAAUAAUAUAUACAUACUAUGCAAAUAUUAAAAAGGUAAGCUUUUAGUAUUUUUGUUGUUGUUUCAUUUUUUGUUUGUAAUUGGUUUUUAAUCUUCAUUAUUUACUUCAUUAUUCCAGUAUGUCUCUAUAUAAAUCAUUUAUUUCUAUUUUUUAAAUAUUUAUGGCCAAUUUUCAAUGUCCGACCCACACUUGUUAUUACAUAUGUUGACCAGAGGGGGAGCACUUUUAAAACCGACACAGUCAAUUUGAAAAACCCCCGCCUUUUUGAGACCACCCUCAUUUUGAUAGAUGUCACCACCAGGGGGUGCAAAUGAGAUCUCCAUUUUUUUGUUUUUGUCAUGAAAAUCCAGACUUUGGAGCAAUGUUCACGGACUCUAGUAUUUGGCUUUUUAUUAGAUGCAAUGGUUUUUCUGUAUUGGGACCAUGAUUUAUGUUCUAACUUGUUCACACCUCCUCAUAUGGAAGCUACUUUUCCUCGUUGAUGUCUCAAGGAGGGUAGAAAUACAAGAACACACACACACACACACACACACACACACACACUUGUAUUUCUUACCUUCUUGAGACCUGACAAAAAUGCCUAUCUCUUUAGGACCACCCUUUCUAGAUAUAUACAAAUUUGUAUUUACAACAUUAAUAAUAUAUCCAUACUAUUCAAAUAUUAAAAAGGUAAGCUUUUAGUAUUUUUGUUGUUGUUUCAUUUUUUGUUUGUAAUUGUUUUUCAAUCUUCAUUAUUUACUUCGUUAUUCCAGUAUGUCUCUAUAUAAAUCAUUUAUUUCUAUUUUUUAAAUAUUUAUGGCCAAUUUUCAAUGUCCGACCCACACUUGUUAUUACAUAUGUUGACCAGAGGGGGAGCACUUUUAAAACCGACACAGUCAAUUUGAAAAAUCCCUCCUUUUAUGGGCCCACCCUCAUUUUGAUAGAUUUCACCACCAGGGGGUGCAAAUGAGAUCUCCAUUUUUUUGUUUUUCGUAAUGAAAAUCCAGACUUUGGAGCAAUGUUCACGGACUCUAGUAUUUUACUCUUUGUUAGAUGCAAUGUUUUUUCUGUAUUGGGACCAUAAUUUAUGUCCUAACUUGUUCACACCUCCUCAUAUGGAAGCUACUUUUCCUUGUUGAUGUCUCAAGAAGGGUAGAAAUACAAGAACACACACACUUGUAUUUCUUACCUUCUUGAGACCUGACAAAAAAGUCUACCUCUUUAGGACCACCCUUUCUAGAUAUAUACAGAUUUGUAUUUACAACAUUAAUAAUAUAUCAAUACUAUUCAAAUAUUAAAAAGUUAAGCUUUUAGUAUUUUUGUUGUUGUUUCAUUUUUUGUUUGUAAUUGGUUUUUGAUCUUCAUUAUUUACUUCGUUAUUCCAGUAUGUCUCUAUAUAAAUCAUUUAUUUCUAUUUUUUUAAAUAUUUAUGGCCAAUUUUCAAUGUCUGACCCACACUUGUUAUUACAUAUGUUGACCAGAGGGGGAGCACUUUUAAAACCGACACAGUCAAUUUGAAAAAUCCCUCCUUUUAUGGGCCCACCCUCAUUUUGAUAGAUUUCACCACCAGGGUGUGCAAAUGAGAUCUCCAUUUUUUUGUGUUUGUAAUGAAAAUCCAGACUUUGGAGCAAUGUUCACGGACUCUAGUAUUUUACUCUUUAUUAGAUGCAAUGUUUUUUCUGUAUUGGGACCAUGAUUUAUGUCCUAACUUGUUCACACCUCCUCAUAUGGAAGCUACUUUUCCUUGUUGAUGUCUCAAGAAGGGUAGAAAUACAAGAACACACACACACACACACACACACACACGCCUGCUGAUACAACUACUGGACUUUUUUCUAUCAAACAAGUCAUAUUCUAGGAGCAAAAAAGAAGUUUGAUUUGUAUAUUCUUAUUUAUUUUCUUUGUGUGGACUUUGUGGUGCAAAAGUUGCGUUGAAAGGCCUUUUUCUCUUUCAGUCUAAAGUGCCUUCAUUUGUUUUGCUCGUGGGGGUCCUCAGAGACCCCCCCCCCCCCAACACAAACCUUACCAUCCAUCAUUGACUCAAUAUUUCAACGAGCUCGUUAAGUUGACUUUUUUUUUUUUCCCCACGGGGAAAUGAGGACAUCCUCUGAGAAAUGUUCCACUUUUGGAUGCCGUUGAUUUGACUGGCAUGGGUGCUCUGAAAGUGUGUUUAUUGGAGAAGAAAACAGGAUUGUAAAAGGUUCUGUACCGGAUGAUUAAAGCUAAACCUUUGCACAAACUCA